UAAAAAGCGAUUAUUCAUUCUGUAUAACAGCUAAAGGUCUGAAUCUUUGUAGAUUAUUAGUAGAUGCCUGGGCUAUGAUGUGAAAAAAUUUGAGCUCUUAACUCGCUGUUUUGACCGAGUUUUAGCAAAUUUAAUGUUAGGGAUCGCCCUCCUCGUCGAAACGAAAAAAUUCAAUAACUUAUACAAAAACUUGGCCAUUUUGAGCGACCUGGGCUGAUGUAUGAGAAAGAAAAGUGACUUUUUUCGAAUGAAAAUGACUCUUUCUGUGGGUGUCCCUUAAGAGAUUCUUCUCAAAGAAGGGAGCGAAGAAAUGCGGCACAAGCGAAUCAACGUACACUGCCCGCUUCUUGGUUUCGGUGUGAUUCUUCGUAAUAAAGUUUUUAAUUUUUUUAAAUUCUCAUUUCCACCAAGUGUCGCAUCCAAGCCAAACAUAAUCUAGAAUAUUUCGUCGUAAAUCAGCUGGUUUUCUCGUGGGCGCUAAUAUAUUUCAGCAUUAAGUGUUCCUAUACUGACAGAAAAAUUUCACAAAACCGUGGAAAAUGUGAAUUUUAUAUUUGUGUCUCUAUACUCUAAAGUAUCUUUUAAGAAAGUUUGCCUAAUUGUUGUUCAGCUUUAGGUCUGAUUUACUUUUUUUACUUUAGAUUGAUGCUUUGGUUGUAUCCGAUGAUGUGAAAUUAGGUUGUUAUCCUAAUAAAACGAAUGUUCUUUAUUUAAUUAAUCAGCAAUGCAACGGAGUAAAGGCACCACUUUACUGUGAUUUUGAAUAUUAUCUUAAUGAACUGUGUCGUCAUCUAAAUGAUGUUCCAGAAUUUUUACAAAAUAAAGAAUUUGUAUUAUUUUUAAAUAUUGAAGAAAUUAAUAAUUUUCAUAAAAAGUAA